GCCUGGACGAAACCUUCAUUGGCCUCUGGUCCCAGAACGGUGAUUCAUCUGCAUAUACCUCGCCGAAAAGUAUAGUACGUCACACAGCUGCCUGGCUUAAUUCCACCCAUCGCACCCCGGCGUGCGCAUCCAUUAGGUGUUGUGCGCACACCGCAAUGGUCUCCGCCAAUAGCCGAUUGACGACGGCCACUUGAGCGAUGGCCAAUGAUCAACAGUCAACGGCGAGUGGUCAAUUCAACCAGGCAGACAACAUUCCUGAAGUCAGCGGGACCAAUCGAAAAUGCCCAGAAAGUUUGCUGGAGAGGAGCGGUAGCACAGCGUGCGAGGCCCAGUACAUAAACGCUAUGUAUUGACUUCGCCGGCGUGGGGUCUCCUCUUCCUCUUCCCCACCAUAACUACCACUCUGUCGCUAUCGAUCACGGAAGAAGACGAUGUCGAUAUUCUUCCCCAAAAAAGGCGUGAACGCACUCGCCCAGCAGCCCGAGGAGGCACACGUAUACGUACCCGCCCAACCCAGCACAAAAGUCUACGUCCACCAGCCGCAGCUCAUCAGCAAGAAAAUCUGUGUGCAAUGCCACUACCGCAAGCCAACGUACUACGCCGAGCUGACUCUCGACCGCCCCGACUUCUGCUGGGUGUGUCUCGACUGUCUGCAGUUCAUUGUGCGUCGGGCAGUCAUUGCCGGUGAAAAUCCGGCCUGUCCGAGAACCGGGUGCGUAGGGGCGUUGGGACAUGGGGAUACAAGGGCGCUCGACGAGGUCCGGAUCUACGAGAAGACAUAUAAACUCGCGCGCAGUCCCGAGCCACAGAUCGACUGUAUAGUGUGCCUGUCCUCCCAACCGAUCUCCGCCUUCCCGCUCGCACCCACCUCCUCCUGCACGCACCCGCGCACCGUCUGUCUCUUGUGCGUGCAGCAGCUGCUAAAGUACUCGCUCUCGGGCGCCGCAUGGAUCGAUCUGCAGUGUCCUAAGUGCAGCGCGGCGUUCACCGCGUGCGACGUGCGGCGCUUCGGCACGCCUGCGCAGAGCGCCGUGUUUGCGGACCGCGCUACGAGAAGGUUCUUGCAGUCGCUGCCUGAGUAUAGAGAGUGCAUCUCGCCCGGAUGUGGAAGCAGCCAGCUGCACGAGGGAGGCACGGAUAGUCCCAUCGUCACCUGCCGCGCCUGCGGGCACAAGACGUGCUUCAACCAUCGAGACACGCCGUGGCACGGGGAGCUGUCGUGCGAGGAGUACGAUGAGGACCUGAGGGUGGCGGGAUUGCCGGGGAUGAUGGGGGAGCGGGAGAUGGGGUUGGAAAUGAGCGAGAAGCUGGUUAGGGAACAGACGAGACCGUGUCCUGGUUGCAAGUUCGAUAUCAUGAAGACCGGCGGAUGUCAACAUAUGACCUGCAGGAAAUGUGGGUUCGAGUUUUGCUGGGGGUGUAAAGCGGAUUAUGCGGUUAUCAGGAAAGUCGGGAAGAGUGGCCAUAAUGAAGGGUGUAUCUACAGUGUAGCGUAAAUUCAUGGAAGACUUGUUGGAUAUUUGAUGUUUCUUGUACCUAUGUGGCAUCGGUCAUGACUCGGGGGAAGGGGAUCAUUAGCGUGCAAGGCUUGGGACACAGCGGUCUCCAGCAUUUAUUCAGUUUGGACAAAAUAUGUCUCGAUGAAUUGGGAUGUGAGAUUUCCGCGCUGUUUGAGGGGGAUCCGGA